CUCUAGGAGAUUAGCCAGCAAUAAUCACCAACAAAAAAGAUCAUCAAAACCAUGGCUAGUUCUCGUUCUCCCUGUGGAGCCUGCAAGUUCUUAAGAAGAAAAUGUGUGAUAGGGUGUAUUUUUGAGCCUUAUUUCUCCUAUGAAGAGGGAGCUACCCAUUUUUCUGUCAUCCACAAGGUUUUUGGCGCAAGCAAUGUGUCGAAUCUUUUAGCUCACCUUCCGUUGAGCGAUCGAUGUGAGGCCGCAACGACAAUAUGGCAUGAAGCUGUAGCCAGGCUUCAAGAUCCCAUAUAUGGCUGUGUUUCACAUAUUAUUGCUCUCAAACAGCAGGUGGUCAACUUACAAGCACAGUUAGCUUUCCUCAAGGAUCAAGCAUAUGCUGUAGCAAACCCUAAUGAUCAGAGUGCACACGACUUACAGGCCUAUAUGGAGGAAUGUGACCUGAUUAAUGAAAUUCCAAAGUGCUCUAACUACGAGGACCUUGUCACAAGCCUCACAUUAAUGAGAGCCAAUGCUCACAUUAAUGAAAUUCCAGAGUGCUCUAAUGCUCAAUCAAGCUGGAGGAAAUGUUAGUUUCAAGUGUCAU